ACAUGCUGCCCGAGUUGCGCGGGUGAUUGGCUUGGCUGGACCUGAAUGAUGCGGCUGUGAUUGCUGAAUUGUCUGGGCAGGUUUAGAGUCUCUGGCGAGCUCCCCUGACUGUGCGUCCCUCUGGAGACGAAGAGGAGGGGGAGGCGUGUCCUCUCUGGGAUCCAGUGGUCACAUCCCCCUCAGGAGCCCCGAAUGCCUACCUCCAGUGUCGUCAACAUGGAGUUCUGAAGUCCAUGUGGCUCUUCACAGUGAAUCAGGUGUUAAGGAAGAUGCAGAGACGCCACAGCAGCAACACGGAUAACAUUCCACCCGAAAGAAACCGCAGCCAGGCGCUCAGCUCCGAGGCGAGUGUGGAUGAAGGUGGCGUCUUUGAGAGUCUGAAGGCAGAGGCGGCCUCCCCACCAGCGCUCUUCUCGGGCUUAUCAGGCAGCCUCCCCACCAGCUCGUUCCCCUCCAGCCUGGUGCUGGGCUCCUCGGCUGGCGGCGGGGACGUGUUCAUCCAGAUGCCCGCAUCCCGGGAGGAAGGAGGGGGCCGGGGCGAGGGGGGCGCCUACCACCACCGCCAGCCCCACCACCACUUCCACCACGGCAGCCACCGUGGGACCUCCUUGCUGCAGCACGUGGGAGGGGACCACCGGGGGCACUCGGAGGAGGGAGGCGACGAACAGCCCGGGACUCCUGCCCCCGCCCUGUCCGAGCUGAAGGCUGUGAUCUGCUGGCUCCAGAAAGGACUCCCCUUCAUCUUGAUCCUCCUGGCCAAACUGUGCUUCCAGCACAAGCUCGGCAUCGCUGUGUGCAUCGGGAUGGCCAGCACCUUCGCCUAUGCCAACUCCACGCUCCGAGAACAGGUCUCUCUGAAGGAGAAGAGGUCGGUGCUGGUCAUCUUGUGGAUCUUGGCCUUUCUGGCGGGGAACACCCUCUAUGUGCUUUAUACAUUCAGCUCCCAGCAGCUAUACAACAGCCUCAUAUUCCUGAAGCCCAACCUGGAGACGCUGGACUUCUUUGACUUGCUGUGGAUCGUGGGGAUUGCAGACUUUGUUCUGAAGUAUAUCACCAUCGCCCUCAAGUGCCUCAUUGUGGCCCUGCCCAAGAUCAUCCUGGCCGUCAAGUCCAAGGGAAAGUUCUAUCUGGUCAUCGAGGAGCUGAGCCAGCUGUUCCGAUCCCUUGUCCCCAUCCAGCUGUGGUACAAAUACAUCAUGGGAGACGACUCCUCUAACAGCUACUUUCUGGGAGGAGUCCUGAUGGUUCUCUACAGCCUCUGCAAGUCCUUCGACAUCUGUGGACGCGUGGGCGGAGUUAGGAAAGCCCUGAAGCUUCUCUGCACCUCUCAGAACUAUGGAGUCCGAGCCACCGGGCAGCAGUGCACAGAAGCCGGUGACAUCUGUGCCAUCUGUCAGGCCGAGUUCCGGGAGCCUCUGAUUCUCCUGUGCCAGCACGUGUUCUGUGAGGAGUGCCUCUGCCUGUGGCUGGACCGCGAGCGCACCUGCCCACUCUGCCGCUCGGUCACCGUGGACACCCUGCGCUGCUGGAAGGAUGGCGCCACGUCCGCACACUUCCAGGUGUACUAGGCCGAGCACCGAGGACACCCGGAAGGACGCCGGGGCUCCGCAUGCCCGGACCCAGCCCUGCGCGGGCUUCCUGGAAAACAGGCCUCAAGCGCUCACAUCCUGCCUCUUCCCUCCACCACCGCUGACCCCAAAGCCCCGCCCCUGUCUUGUCCUUCUGACCUUCACCUUCUCUCAUUCUGUGAUGUGGCGCGUGCCUCCUUCCCCUGCAAAAGGGGACGCCUUCCUUCUCUGCCCCAAGUCAAGGACCUGCCAAUACCUGAAGUUUCCACUUGUUGGUUAU